UCCGCCCCGGGCUGCCGUGGAGCGGGGCGGCGGGCAGUUUUCAGCAUGGCAGUGGACUGGCUGGGCUUUGGCUACGCCGCGCUGGUGGCAUCGGGAGGGCUCAUCGGCUAUGCAAAAGCAGGUAGUGUCCCGUCACUAGCUGCUGGCCUUUUCUUUGGGAGUUUGGCUGGACUGGGUGCCUAUCAGCUUUCACAGAAUCCAAAUAAUAUUUGGAUUUCUCUGAUUACAUCUGGAACACUGACAGCUGUCAUGGGAACAAGAUUUUACAACUCUGGAAAAUUCAUGCCUGCGGGGCUAAUUGCUGGUGUCAGUUUGCUAAUGGUUGGAAGAUUAGCACUGAAGAUGGUGGAAAAGCCCCACGAUAAGUAACUGUUCAUUUUACAGUUUAAUAUCUCGGUAAGGAAACCUGAUAAUGAAGUUGCAUGAGUGCCGAAGCAAGAAGAUGGAUCAAUUUUCUAUAUCAGGACAGUUU